GAAGAUAAGACUUUAUUCCUCCUAGCUGAAAGACAUACUCGCCAAAAGCCUAUAAGUGGUACCUCAAUACUUCGGAAGAAGGAUGGCGAGUCAAAUCAAGAAGACUUGAUUGAUAUGGAAACCGAGGAAGUUGUAGAUCCUGAUGUAGAAAUGGAAGAAGAUCAAAAUCAUCAAGAUCAAAAUAACCCAAGUCCAAAAGAAAAAGAACCGGAAGGUCCACCCAAAAUUAUGGUUAAGACGCCGUUAGAAAGAGAAAGGGUUGUAGUAGUAAAAGAUAUAAAAGAAGUUCUUGGAGGUAGAUACCUCUAA